AUGGCUCCAGACACGGGCUCAGCCCGCAACAAAAGGGCGCGUCCUCAGCAAGACGACGAAUCAUCCGCACGAGCACAAAGUACCGAUACAGCCGCUUCAGCCAAGAAAAGACGUCUCAAUGGCUCUGCAGAAACGUCGAUCGAAGCACCGAAGGGCUUCUCUGCCAUUACCUCGGCUAUAGGAAGCAUGUUUGGGUAUAAGCGAUCAAGCAAUGCGACAGCUACAGCCCCAAAAAGCUCAACCGCAGCAACCUCGAAAUCAGCUUAUGAUGAUGUACCCGACUCUGACGAAGAGACAAACCUUGUGCCGGCUCAAAACUCGAAGACAAAACCUGCAGUGUCAUACACAAAACUUAAUCAAAAGUCGGCGAGGAGUCCUAAGAAGUCCUCAAAGAAUGUCUACGAUGUUCCUAGCUCGGAAGAGGAGCUCGAAUUCUCAACACCAAUGGGCGAGAAGACGGGCACUCCAAGAAGCACAAAACGCCCCAAUGGCUCGGCUAGGAAAGCCAGUGAUAAGGAGGAAACCGCUGUGGACACAGCCGAUGAUACAGAAGAACAAACUCAGGGAACCCCGUCUCGCGGUCGCCGCCCACGUCAAACUCUAGGAUCGAAAGUGGAUGCUAGCAAUUCGGAUGUGCUGUCGUCUAGAAAGCCUGCUGUGAAGAAUAUUCCUGCAAGAGCCAAGCCAAGACAAACAGAAGCGCUGGAAAACCAGCAAGCCACAGGGCCCAAAGGCAUCCUCACUCCCCGACACAAGCGCCGUGGCCGCCCACCAAAGAGUGUGGCCUUUGACAGUGAUGAUAACAAGCCAGCAGAAGUCUUCUUCAAAGAUCUUCCAAAGACCAAGACACCAUUACCGAAGUUAGCAAAACCACAGGCAGGUUCGAAAACAUUUCAGACAGGGAAAUCGCCUGCAGAAACGGUCUCGGUAUCUGGAGACGAAGAAAGCCAGGAAGAUGGCGAGAGUGAAGACGACGAAGUUUGCAUCAUCUGCUCCAAACCAGACUCAACAGCCCGAAAUCAGAUACUUUUAUGCGACAAUUGCGACAGGGGCUUUCACCAGAAAUGCUACAAUGUGCCCGUGAUACCAAAAGAUGACUGGUUUUGCAAAGACUGCCUCCAAGAAAACAUGGAGGAGGAAAUCACUGAGGGCGCAAAAGAUGCUACAGACCAAUCAAUGGACGUUCCGGAUAUUGCAAAUUUUGAGCAUCACUUGCGUACCAUGCAGAGAGUGCUCAUUGAUCGCUGCUCUGGCAGUAGACGUCUCGCUUUAAAGGGUCAGGGCGAGGCGUACCAAAAGACCUACCAGCUCGUCGAACAGACAGUAAUGGCUGGCGAGGGCAACUCGAUGAUGAUUAUUGGUGCAAGGGGAUGUGGUAAAACCCUCAUGGUGGAGAAUGUCAUUUCUGAGCUGGCGACGGAAAGUUCUGAUGCUUUUCAUGUCAUUCGUCUCAACGGAUUCAUUCACACGGACGAUAAACUUGCUUUGAAGGAGAUCUGGCGGCAGCUCGGUAAGGAAAUGGAGGUUGAAGACGACUUGAUGAGCAAGACCAGCAACUAUGCAGAUACGCUUGCUUCGUUGCUGGCGCUACUCUCCCAUCCCUCGGAGAUCACAGGAACGGAUGAAGGCAUAACAUCUCGGUCGGUCGUCUUCGUCAUUGAUGAGUUUGAUCUCUUCGCGGCACAUGCCCGCCAGACUUUGCUAUAUAAUCUUUUCGAUAUAGCUCAAGCAAGGAAGGCCCCGAUCGCUGUCCUUGGUGUUACAACUCGAAUCGAUGUAGUCGAAAGCCUGGAGAAACGAGUCAAGAGUCGUUUCAGUCAUCGUUAUGUUCAUCUUUCGCUACCAAAAAGCUUGCUAGCGUAUUGGGAAAUUUGUAAACAAGGCUUGCAGGUUGAAGAAGAUGAUCUAGAAUCGGAAGGAUUUGAUGUCGGUUUAGAAGGUCUGACCGACUUUCAAAAAUAUUGGAACGACAAGAUCGAGACACUCCACAAGUCACCGUCAUUCCAGGCACAUCUCGAGUAUCAAUAUUACACGACAAAGUCGGUCACGGAAUUCUUGACGACUUGCGUUUUGCCUCUGUCGACCCUGUCGCCCAGUGCACUCGAUUUGAAGAUUGGGGCGUCUUUGUCGAGAGCUGUUCAAAUCCAGACCCCAGAUUCCAAGCUUCACCUGCUUGCAGCGUUGUCAGAUCUCGAUUUGUCAAUGUUGAUAGCCGCUGCGCGCCUCGACAUUGUUGCGCACACUGAUACGGUCAACUUUGCCAUGGCAUACGACGAGUACAAUUCGCAGAUGGGCAAGCAAAGGGUUCAGUCUGCUACCUCGGGUAUACUAGCUCUUGGUGCUGGGGGAAGGACCUGGGGACGAGCCGUGGCCGGGAUGGCGUGGGAGAGGUUAGUGUCUCUCGGUCUCUUGAUCCCGGCAGGCAUUGGCGGUAGAAGCAAUGCUGCUCAUGGUGGACUAGAAGGGAAGAUGUGGAAGCUCGACGUUUCGUUGGAAGAAAUCCCCACAGCCGUCGAACUCCCGGGUUUCCUUGCCAAAUGGUGUACACAGAUAUGA